CGGAGGAGGCGGCGCCUUCGCGAAGCCCGCGCCUCGCCCGCCUCGCUCGCGCCCUCACCACCCCGCCUGCAGUCCGGGCUGGGCUGGGCAGCGUCUGCGGAGCUUCCCGGGAGCCGGGCCCAUUCGGCCAGAGCCGCGCUGAGACCCGGACGGCGGUGGAGCGGAGAGAAGGUGGCAGCGAGCCGGGAGGCCGGGCCAGCGCCCUGCCAUGGAGACCCGCUACAACCUGAAGAGUCCGGCUGUGAAACGAUUAAUGAAAGAAGCAGCAGAACUAAAAGAUCCAACAGAUCAUUACCACGCACAGCCCUUGGAGGACAACCUUUUCGAAUGGCACUUCACAGUCCGAGGGCCUCCAGAUUCUGAUUUUGACGGAGGAGUUUAUCAUGGACGAAUUGUGCUGCCGCCAGAGUAUCCCAUGAAACCUCCGAGUAUUAUUCUCCUAACGGCUAAUGGACGAUUUGAAGUGGGCAAGAAGAUUUGUUUGAGCAUCUCAGGACACCAUCCUGAAACCUGGCAGCCCUCUUGGAGCAUAAGGACAGCGUUACUAGCCAUCAUUGGGUUUAUGCCAACAAAGGGAGAGGGAGCCAUAGGUUCUCUAGACUACACGCCUGAGGAAAGACGAGCACUUGCCAAAAAAUCACAAGAUUUCUGUUGCGAAGGAUGUGGCUCUGCCAUGAAGGAUGUCCUGUUGCCUUUAAAAUCUGGAAGCGAUUCAAGCCAAGCUGACCAAGAAGCCAAGGAAUUGGCUAGACAGAUCAGUUUUAAGGCGGAAGUCAAUUCAGCAGGAAGGACUCUCGCUGAGGAUUCCGACCUAAACCACUCUCUGUCACUGAAUGGUUUACAGGAUGACGUACCUCCAGCAUUCCAGGGUGCUGCAGCCAGCACAUCGCUUGGAGUCCAGAAUCCCGUGGCGGCGUCCGCCCCACAGCCCGCACAGCCUGCAGCCAGGAGCGCGUCCUUGAGUCCCCGCCAGCGCCGGGCCCAGCAGCAGAGCCAGAGAAGGCCGUCCUCCUCCCCCGACGCCAUCCCCGGCCCGCAGCCCAGAGUCAACCACACUGACCACGGCGGCUCAGCUGUGCUCAUUGUCAUCCUGACUUUGGCAUUGGCAGCUCUUAUAUUCCGUCGAAUAUAUCUGGCCAAUGAGUACAUAUUUGACUUUGAGUUAUAAUAUUGUUUUGUGACUUCAGAGCUGUGACUCACUCAACUGCUUCAUUAAACAUUCUGCAUUGGGUAUAAUCUAAGAA